AUGACGUCCUGUUUGGGAAAAAAAUUGUAUUUUUGGCUUCAUAGGAAAAGUAAUAUUUGAAGGACGAGCGCAUGGGAUGAAAUAAUUUGUUGCACUGUCACGGAAUAAACCUUCGACUAUACAUUAAACUGAGUUCAAAAUCGAAGAUCACGCGUGCAAAAGAUUAAUUAAUUGUGGAUUUUUAUAUCGACCUCAACACUAAUCAGAGUAAUACUGUAUCAAUCUAUAAUAUUGUAAAUAUUAAUUUACACUAUAAAGGAUUAUUUAUGAUCGUUACGCGUCAUCUGUUAUUUUAAUUGCAGCCUAUUGAUAACGAAUUGGAUGUUUAGAUCAUUGAGACAAGACGCUUGUAUUCUUGCAUUAUUUGGUCGCCCAGGUAACAUGGUCCAACAAAGCUGCUUUCCUGCCUUCAAUAAUUGAUGAGCAUUUCGGAACUGCAGGUCUUCAGUUGUUCCAAAACAAUACGAAACAAUAUCGAGAAUAGCUGAUUUCAAGUCACUUACCUAGGCAUAUAGAAGGUAAGACUAUGGAGUUUUUUGUUUUAUCGAUAUUAAUAUAUAAAUUAUACUUUUCCUGACGAUUUGAAAACUCUCUAGUUUUUUGUUUGUGUAUCUGAUUAUGUUUUGCUUGGAUAUGCUUUACUGCAUGUAUAUGUGCAUAAAGUGUUUCACUUUCAGCCUUCAUGUGUACUUCCUUGAAUAUCGAAACGGAGUUUGUAUUUACACGGCAUACCUAACACUAAGCAAAUGUAACCCAUGCUGCACGGUAACAUGUUGUAACAUGCAUGAACAUAUAAGCCCAUUUUAGUUGAAUUUCUAGUUCGGCCUCUGUAAGCGUACUUCUUAGUCUUACUUAGCACACAUGCAGGUGUUUUAAUUACAAGCAGAACAAAUUUUUCGUUGGUAGGGAUGCGACUACCUGAAAAUAUAUAAGGAGAAUUUCGACGUUUCGAGCGAAGGCCCUUCGUCUGAAGUUACUAGUCAAGUCUCAUGGCUAUAUAGACUAUAUCGGCCAGCGUUGGCUUUGUUGUGUUUGCAAGUAUAAAAUUCUACAUUUAAAAACAGUUUGUAUAUUUUUCUCAUGUACUCAGUAGAGAUUGACACAAAAAGCCAAAUUAUGCUAUUAUACAAUAGCAUUGUAAGAAAUUCUUGUCGGCAAGGGCGAAACUAGCCCCCUGCCUUGCAGCACCAGCGCUAAUACAAGCAAGCUACAUGUAUAAUUGAAGUGCCGUGAUGCCAUGCAAUGUACAUGCAUACGAACUGCGGCUAUUGUUUGCUAGCGCUAGCCGGUUAUAAGUUACCGAUAACUCUACAUUCUAUCAUUUAAAAUUGUAUUCAUAAUUCAGCCUGGUCCCUAGUCGUUCUGCAGGGGCAACGAAAAACGAACCGAUCGAUAAAACUAGCUUAGGCAUGACGUAACCAAGCAUAGCAAGCGCGCGAGAGAGAGCCUAUGGCUAGGCUGUUCAUAAUUCAUUUAUUUAAUUUUAUUGGAAUUUUUCGCAUUUGGAUUGCCCUGCCAAUCAGGAUGAUUCGUAUUUGGGGGGGGAGGGGGGGGCUGUCGGGGGGAGGGGUCACCUCGUCUAAAAUUGUCUACAGUGCAAAGGCGAACUAUAUUAAAUACAAUGCCCGAGGCAAUGCCCGUUUUGUAACAAUUGUAGUUGUCACACGAGUAAAAAUUGGCAAAAACACCUAUACCGGACGAGCGAAUAAAGCUCGUUUCAUAUACGUUGUUUCCCGACUAAAGUUGUAAUACGAGGCCUUUGAUGGAGUCGAACAAACUGAGAAAACAUUCAUUUGUUUGAAAUGUCUUGACUGACACAUCGUGAAAUCAUCGUCAAGCAUGCAACAAGUUGCAACAAGAUUUAUAGGUGGAAUUAGUGGGUUUCGAGCACUUCUGCCAGACAAAUUAAACAGAUUCAAAUAAUGUUUAAAUGAGAUUCUUGUCAUGUUGCGGUUCCAUGCGCACUGACGAACCUGAUAAAAGCACGUUUUGCCUGACUUUCAGUACUUUGUGUCACAGUAGCAUUAAAAUGUUAUAUUGUUACAGCAGGUCAUUGGUCAUGUUUCACGAACAAUUGAAAUAAGUUGGUAAUUUCACGAAGAACAUUGAGGAUACGGUAACAUAUCACCAUAUAGGCAGCCCAAUAGCUUGGGGGUGUUAAACUAUUUUAAUAAAACUGUUUCAUAUGGCGAAAAUGUUUAGAUAAGAAUGCAUUUCUGCGGUUUCGGUUGCGUGCUAUAUGACGUCACUCACUGCAUACUAAAUCAAACCAAAAAUCGCUAUACCUAUAAAACUAUCGAAAAAAUAGUCGAAAUAUUUUAACAACUAUGCUAAAUCUACGAUAAUUUUACUACGUUCUUACAACUUGUUUGCAAGUAAAUGUAUUCCUAAAACGAAAAAAAGUUUUCCUCAAUUUGUUCAAUGUUUUGAUGGCACUAUGUCUAUGCUGGAUGCCUAUGACCUGCUCAAAAAGCGUUUUCAUAUAUGACGAAUACAUUAACUCAUAAUAACUCCGCAUUAAUAACUGCACUGAGUUACAUGUACAGUAUAUCGCGAUAUUAAGGAAAUUUUAUGAUUGUUUUAUCACCAGAUGACUUCAAUCAGGAUAAAAGCUCACGAGCAUAAGUUGUCCUACCGAAACACAUUGAAACUUUCAGCAACUAAAGGUCAUACAGGAUGGACAUGCGAUGCUUGCAGAAGAAAUUCCAAAGAAUUACAGCAAACUCAUUCUUACAACUGUUCCAAGUGUGAUUUUGAUCUAUGUAAGGAAUGCACUCAACCACUCAAGACAAGCAAACAUCCUCACACAAUGGUCGUGACUGAUGCUGAUGAUAUUUACGAAAACGGUGAUUGGGGAUGUGAUAACUGCGGAACAAACUCUUCAAGCCAAGGAAAGUAAGUAAAGUUUACCACAUAUGACAGUGUGUAUUAUAUUUGGAAUAAAUUCCUAUCAGAGGACCUUGUGCUGCAUUUUUCGCAGUCGUUCCUGGUCAGGUCUUAAAGAGUGUAUAUAUACUCACUUGGAUUACUAACCCUAAAACCAGCAUUCUAAUAUAUACAUGUUACAUAACCUGUUUCGACCGGUUAGUUUCCAAAUAUUGUUUUAUAUUCCGCCUAAAUAAUGAUCUAAUUUUCCUUUUGGGCAUCUUCCUCGAGUGAACGCUGACAGAGAAGUGAAGAUUUCUUGUGGAUGGAAAUUUUCAGAGAAAACUGUAGAUACAUAUUUAACGCAAGCUACAAUCAUGGACCAACUUAUUGGGACAAUGAUGUAUCAAGCAAUGAUGCAUGGACAAUGAUGCAUCGUUUUGCUAAUGGAAAAAUAUUGUGUAUUGUGGAACGAUGUUAGGUUUCGCCCAACUCAGUUUCGUUGUCAACAUUGAUUGGUGGGGGAAGGGGAGGGCUGUGGGGUAGGCAUGUUUUUAGUAUAUGGGCGUGAGCUUAUUGCCAAUGAAAUUAUUCGAUUGUAGUUGCUAUAGCCCUUUGACAAUUGAGCGAAAUCCAGUUGCUGGAAAUUUUCAUCCCCAACUGACACUUCAAAAGUUGGCGGAAAACCGACGCCAAUAAUUGCAAAUCAAUUUGAUCAAAGCAGUCUUAAAUUCUUUUCAUGUUCAUUGUUUUUUCCCAUUAAGAAAAAAUGUGUACAGUGUUUCCCUUUCUCUUCUAUAGACUGCCAUGGCAUUGUGAAGAUGGAUGCGAAUUUGACUUGUGCUUUGGCUGUACCAAAAGUCACAAGAGCGCAGCUCAUCGCCAUCUUUUGCUCAAAACCAAUCCAAAAAAUAGCUAUCCAUCCAUGCCAGGCUGGAAAUGUGAUAUAUGCAGUAGAGAUUUCAGACAUGAAAACCAGGAGAAACCUUACGAAUGCAAGAAGUGUAACUAUGAUUUGUGUCAGAAUUGUAUGAAAGGUGACGUAUAUAUUAAAGCAAUAUAGCUUAAAUUUAAAACUUAUUUAAUUCAACACUAUAUAUUUCAGCAAUUAUCGGGCUAUCAAGUACUAUUAAUAUCGAACAAGAUCAAUGGCCCCAUCGAUAUGCUGCAUGUCUGCGCAAGAACGUUUUUUAAUCAAUCGCGUAUUGAAACAGAAUGUCUAAUCGUCUUAGUAUGCACACAUGCAUAUAGGUAUAUCAGGCCCGCAUAUAAGUAUAGUUUUCAAGGGUUUUUCCGCCGGGGGUCACUUUCAAAUUCCAAGACUUUUCAAGGAGUUUCCAGGGGUGAAAUAAAAAUCCAGGGUUUUCCAGGAUUUCCAGAGGGCGUACGAACCCUGACAAUUCUUAGUAGCUUUAAAAAUGUACCCGGUUUCGUGGCGAAUGUUUGGUUAAUAUACGAUCUAAUUUCAUCUGAUCGUAAUUCUCACUUUGACAGAUACUGAAGUCCAAGAAAAAGUCGAAGUGCAACAAGUUCAAACCAAGAUGGAAAAAGAUCUUGCGAUUACUGACGGUUAGUUGCUAAUAUUCCCACAAUCCUUCAUUUGAUAUUAAACGUGCAUGCGAAUGCAUGACCCCGGAGCGGCUGCACUAUAGCUUUACAUGUUGACAUUGACAUAAUGGUGCCCAGUACACAAUUCACCAGUUUUUUGAGCCACUUAUAUAAACACAUUACGUUAGGAAUUUGACAGAAGUUACAGAAGUUGAAAAUUAGGAAAUUUGAUUUUCAUCAUAUUUAGAGGAUUAAAAUUCUAUAGUCAUCAUAGACCCUUUUCAUAAAUGGCUGCCGAUUACAAAUUCUUUUAUGUGCAUAUAAAUUGGCCCAACUAGCCUCGUACUCAUGAUAAGAUUUCAAAGGAAUUUCUACCCAGAAACGAGGCUAGUUGGGCCAAUUUAUAUGCACAUAAAAGAAUUUUUAAUCGGCAGGGUCUAUUGAAUUCUUUCUUUUAAAUUAAGCCGUUGCAUGCAUGUUUCAAGGGUCAUGCUUAAUCUGCACGGAGCAAAUUACUGGGUAUUUUAUAAUUUAUCUACAUCGGUUGAUAUUGCAUGUGUAUAACUGAGUCGUUUGCAUAGCGUACUGCAUGGGGUUGAAAUGGGCGGGCGCCAUAUCGCCAAUUGCGGCAAAAUUGUUUCAUCUGGCGGACCAGAUAUUUGCCAAAGGUAUAUAGUCUUCGUGCAUGCAACUGAGAAGAAGCUUAAAAUAAUAAAGUAAUUCUGAAGCCCUAAAAUAUCUCGGUGAUCAAGUAUUUCAUUCUGCUUUUGUAUAUUAUAACUUGCCAACAAAUUAAACUGGGUUUUUUUUUGUUAUCUAUAUACAAAGAGAAUACUUCAUAACAUAUUGAUUUAGGGAGAUCUGAUAUUAACCAUGACUUGGGUGACUAUAUAGUUUCAAAAUUUUAACCCCUGAUAGCGCAGAGGAGAUCAUCGAGAUUUCACAUUAAUGUUUUCCAUUAUGGGUUUCAAUUUGACAUUGCUGCAAAAUAUGCUCAAAAAGGAAUUAAUUUCAAAAUUAAUUAACCCCCGAUUAAGAUUAAAUCUUUUCAAAAGGAAUUAAUUACAAUUUUUGCAGCUGUUCCUGGUCUAAUAAAUAAAUGUAUAUAAAUUUCCAUUCGAUAAUUUCCAUCGACUACAAUACCCUUCAAUUACAAAAUUACAUUUUGUAAUGUGGAUCUCGUGCCAAGUAAUAUUUUUUUUGCACCCGAAAUAAAAGCAAAUACUGCAUUAUUGGAGAAAAAUGUCAAUCUGAAUUCCGCAAUUUGAAGACAUGCAUUGAGACAAAAUUUCCAUAACAGGCACGGCACGCAUGCACAGAUAACGAUUCUGAUAUGGAAGAUUUCAGUAUAAAAGGAAUUUGUAAUUUUUCGCUGCUAAAGAAUGCGUUCCUUUUAUUUUGCAAUUAAUAACCUUUUAGCGUUCCUUUUCAAAAAGUAAUUAAUUAUACAGGUCAAAAUUACAACAAAUGUAACGACUGGUCUGUAAUGCGUUACAAUUUGUGUGUCCCAGGUGCGUUUUCUUUUGACCAAUACUAUUUGGUCAAAACAACCGAAAAAUUGGUUAAAAUAGCUCAAUUUUUUAUUGUUUUUCCCAAUAAAAUAUAGGUCAAAUAAGUGCACCUGAAUUCUGAAACAACGAAUUUAAAUUAGUUAUUUUAACCAACCUGUUUUUACAGUCUUUCUAACUUCCACCAUUAGUAGUAUAUCAUCGACUUAAUCAAUGAUUGUCGGUACUUUCAUGCCACUUGUAGGUGCUGAACAAGUACCCAUGGUGUUUAUUUCUUAUCAAUGGGAUAUUCAAGAUAAAGUUUUGAAAUUGAAGAAGAAACUUGAAGCAAAGAGUAUCACAUGUUGGAUGGAUACUGGCAAGAUGAUGGGAGGCGAUGACUUGAAGAAAGAAAUCGAUAAAGGGAUAAGAGGAUGUAAGGUAAGUACUUCAUGCAGGCUAUUAUGAGUUCUAUUUUUAUACUAUACCAUUCUGGUGGUAGAGGGCCUGGAGAAAAUGUCGAUAAGUUACAUAUUAUAAAGAUCUAACUUAUAAGGGCUGGUCAGCUUAUAAUAUCGAUGUUUCUUUUUAUAUGAUAAAUGUUUGCAGCAUACAGUGUACGUCUCUCUCAAAUUCACAAUUCUAGGUAUAAAGGUCUUUGUGAACAACUUGCCAUUUGUCAUAAAUAACCAUGCCUAAAACACGAAAUAUCCCUUCUAUCACGUUAUUUCCAGCCACUUGUUCAUUAGUUCUCCAACAUUAUUGAUCGCUCCUGCCCAUUGUUAGCUCACUCGUUCUGAAUAAUUAGUCUCCUUAUUCUUGGAACCUGCUUCAUGUAUUUUAAUUCGAGUCCCGAGAGACGGGUCAAAAAUCUGGGUUGAAUUGGAGAGAGCUUUACAUGAAGUACUUGCCCCUUUCUUGUUUAAUUAACCAAUUUUAGUAAUUUCCUCGAGAUGUACCUCAGUAGACAUACAUUAGAUAUAUUAUCAUUUACAAUACUAUCAGAUAUAUUAAAAUAAAUAUCAUGAAUUCAGAUUGUAGUAUCUUGUGUGACAAAAGCAUACAGCGAAUCAAAUGCUUGCCAACAAGAAGUUUCCUUGGCGGAUGUAUUGAAGAAACCAAUUCUACCAGUUUUAUUUGAAUCGCUCACGUGGCCUCCAGAAGGUCCAAUGGCGAUGCCCUUCGCGCCUUUAAUUUACAUCAACUGUGAAAAAGGUCUUACAAGUGCAAAUCUGGAUACAGUAAUAGAAACUAUAAAGUCGAAAACAAAAUGAAAUGUUUCUGGUACUUAGUUUAUUUAAAUACAAUUUUCUUAAUGUCAUACAUAAUAUUGUACACAUAGUUUAAUUUAAUGCCAUAUAUAAUAUUGUACUUACUGCAAUACAUAAUAUUAUGCACUUAGUUCAGUUAAUUUAUUUAAUUUAAUUAAUCAUAUUAUUGUUACUCCUUAACGUUUAACAUAAUAAAAAUGAAUUGGUAGAUGUUGUUGUAAAGUGCGCGUGUUUCAUACAUCUUCAGUAAGGAUGGAGAUUUAUCUCAAAUUUUCUAAUAUGAUUAAUUCCUUAUAAAUUCCUACUUUACUUCCUUGUUCUUCGAUGUUUGUAAUCAUGCUGUCGGAAACAUAUAAAUUUUUUGAUGUUCUAUACGGCGCGCGUAAAUAUCACGUGAAAUUUUAGCGGAAAAAGACGGAGACCAUGCAUAUAUCCACACUUGUGAGUGAUUUAUCCUUGCCGGGGAAGCAUUCCCAACAAUGCCAUGAUCAUCAAUCACAGGACUUUACCUCCAUGAUCAUCAAUCACAGGACUUUACUACUUUUUUCAUCAUGACGCGCGUCGUCCAGAAGAAAACUACAUUUUGAAAAAUUAAAACAAGAU